CUGCCGGUGUGUCUCCUUCAAGUUCUUCCCCGCGCGCACCUUCAAGUUAGGCUCGUGUCACCGGUCGCUCACUUUUUUCUCCUUCUCUUUGCCGAUCUUGAGAUCGUGAAUGCGUGGGCACCUUUGAGGUAUCCUCCUCGGCAACAACACGACGCCCCAAUUCGGAUUUUCCUCCCGAUUUAUAACUAACCACCCCGCUCUAUUUGUGUCACGGGCGCCUCCGACCGAGAUCGGCGGCAGGUUCAGCUGUACAUACACGGGUCUCGCUUCGGGCGCUGUGAGAAUAUUCGCCGGGAACACAUUGGACCCGGCGUGCUCCUCUCGCGCUGGCGGGUUGAGGAGUGUGUAGUCGGUGCCAAUGGCGCCUCUACUAUCCACACUGCUUCUCCUGGGGGCUGCGGCUUCUCCGGCACGGGCUUCGAUCGCAGCUUGGUGGACGGAGAUCGGGCCCCAGAUAAUUCUGCAGAACUCAACGACGAACCAGAUCCGCUACAGCGCCUGCAACAGCCGCGACCAAGCCAAGUACUCAUACACCGACGGCAGUGUGUUCUCACUCAAAUACAAACCCAAGGUUGGCACGCCGGUGACAGGGGUAGGAUGGUGGAACAACAAGGACACCGAGGCCUCGUUCUGGUACAUUACAGAAGAGAACAGGGUUGCCAACGGUCUCUACAUCUGCAACAUGAACACCGGCCGGUUUGAGCCGCAGGGAGAAGGGAACUGGGAGAUUAGCCCCGACACGGCUUCCGUUCACUCUAACUCGGGGCUCGCUGCCGUUGUUCUCGGCGAGGAUACGGGCUAUCGCGUGUACUACCACGAUAGCGACGGCGCCAUCAAUGAGCUUCACUACACGCGCGAUACCGACUGGGAACAUCGGGGUAUCAUUUCCCAGGAUAUAAAUUCCCUGCCUGCCCUGGGUGCCGCCUUUAGUGGCAAGGGGAACAUCACCGUUGCGGCCCCUCGCGACGACCAGAACAUCGCCGUGACUCGGUGGAAUAGCGACGAGACCUGGUUCCGAACAACCCUGCCACGUCCGCUAGACGGCGGCUACGUUGACGACGAGACCAUCAGAGCCGACAUCGCUCUGAAUGAGACGGCCGAGACGACCUUUUUACUGCCAGCUUGGGACGGAAGGACCAAAAGCAUUGGAGUUAGCAUCGACAACGCCUAUACUCGCUUCUUGUGGUACAUCGGGAAUGACCGCAAUCUGUAUACGGUGGCCAACCAGAACUAUACCUGGGGCCAACGAGCCAACCAAUCCAGCGCUUACUGGCCUCAGGCCGACGAGCCCAACGCCGAACUCGCUGUGGCCUACGACCUCAAGUCCAGUAUGGUGCGGCUUUUCUACACAGUGAAGGGCCAGAUUAGCGAGAUCAAGUACGAGGACAAGACGUGGAAGGCGUGGUCUUCUCUCGAGGCCCCGCCGCCCCAGGCGACGCAAUCCACAACACCGUCCGCCACAAACUCAGCAGUCGCUUCGGAUACCGGGCUCUCUACCGGCGCAAAGGCAGGCAUCGGGGUUGGCGUCUCGCUUGGUGUCAUCGCACUCGGUGUCAUCAUUGCCGUUGUUGUUCUUGCGCGGAGAAGGAAGCAGCAAGCUUUCCAGCACCCAGAAGAUGUCGAUGAGGGUUCCACUACCGUCGGCCCUGAGACGCCCGCCCCGUCGUACGGCUCCCCGGCUCUUGCCCGUGCCUCCGCCGCACAAUACGAGCAGUAUGGGUGGGACCAGAAGGAGGCGCCAGCACAUCCGUACCCGUCACCCGAAGUGCAGCAGAUGCAGCAGCUUGACGGCACAACAAGGGUAGAGAUGGACAACACAAUGAGGGCCGAGAUGGACAAUACAAUAACGGCCGAGAUGGACGCUGCGACCAGGGCCGAGAUGUACGCGCCACAUCCUAUUUAUGAGCUCCCCCAGCACACAUAUUCGCACGAAUUGUUAGCCGAGCCACCCCAGCACAGGUCCGGACCACCCCACCAGGGCCACUGAGUUCCAUGAUCUUCAAGAGUUGACGGAGUUGGGGGUACGGCGUUGGGGGCAUGGAUGGACGGGGGGUUGUUUCUGCUAGAAAGUGCAUCUUGGUAUUUAAUAGGGAAGCGUGCUGGAUACCCAGACCGACGAACGAGUGUUGCUCUUC